GUUUAACCCAAAUAAGGAAACCCACACAUAUUUUUGGCCCGCGUGUUAGCAUCUGUCUCUAAUUUCCACCAUGGAAACACAGGUAGAUACCUUGUGGGUUUUGGUACUGGCUUCCAAAUGCAAAGCUUUCUCUUCUCAAAACACCAUUUUUCUCUUCGUUUUUCUCUGCGGGGCUUGGCUGUCCUUGGCUUUGUGGUACUGGGCUUAUCCUGGAGGUCCUGCAUGGGGGCGGUAUUGGUGGAAAAUAUCAAACAAGACCAAGCCGAAGCCAAUACCAGGGCCACGAGGGUUCCCUGUGCUGGGAAGCAUGUACCUUAUGGCUAACCUGGCUCACCACAAGCUCGCUGCAGCUGCAGCGUGGUUCGGGGCUAAGCGGCUGAUGGCUUUCAGUCUCGGUGAAACCCGCUUCAUCGUGACGUGCAACCCUGAUGUAGCUAAAGAGAUUCUCAACAGCUCCGUCUUCGCGGAUCGUCCGGUGAAAGAAUCUGCGUACAGCUUAAUGUUCAAUAAAGCGAUAGGUUUCGCUCCUUACGGAGUUUACUGGCGAACACUGAGGAGAAUCGCCGCCACUCAUCUAUUCUGCCCCAAACAAAUCAACGCUUCUGAGACUCAGAGGUCCAAAAUCGCUGCUCAAAUGGUGUCCACAUGCGGUUCUGGAGAGUUAUCUGUCCGCGAUAUACUGAAGCGAGCUUCGCUCAACAACAUGAUGUGCUCGGUGUUUGGACGAAACUAUGAACUCGAGCCAUCGGACAGAGAAAGCGACGAACUGGGUCAGCUCGUGCAAGAAGGUUACGAGCUGUUAGGAAAACUCAACUGGUCCGACCACCUUCCAUGGCUUUCAGGUCUUGACCUUCAGAAAAUCAGGUUCAGAUGCUCCAAACUGACCCCUAAAGUGAAGCGGUUCGUGAACCGGAUUAUCCAAGAGCAUAGAACCCAAACUGGCCAAAGAAACCAUGAUUUUGUGGACGUUCUUCUCUCUCUUGAAGGGCCUGAUAAAUUAUCUGACAACGAUAUGGUCGCCGUGCUGUGGGAGAUGAUAUUCAGAGGAACAGAUACUGUAGCGGUUUUGAUAGAGUGGAUACUGGCGAGGAUGGUACUCCACCCUGAUAUCCAAUCGAAAGUGCAAGAUGAGCUCGACCAAGUCGUCGGAAGAUCACGCCCGUUGAAGGAAUCGGAUAUUCAAUCGAUGGUUUACCUGCCGGCGGUGGUGAAGGAAGUUCUGAGGCUCCACCCACCGGGGCCACUCCUAUCGUGGGCCCGCCUGGCCAUCACGGAUACUACAGUCGAUGGAUAUGACGUGCCUCAGGGGACCACAGCGAUGGUUAACAUGUGGGCCAUCACGAGGGACCCACAUGUAUGGCAGGACCCACUCGACUUCAAGCCAGAGAGGUUCGUGUGCAAGGAUGCAGCUGACGUACUGGAGUUCUCUGUGCUGGGGUCCGACCUCAGGCUCGCGCCAUUCGGGUCUGGUCGUAGGACAUGCCCCGGGAAGGCAUUGGCUCUGACCACGGUGACCUUCUGGGUGGCAACUUUGUUGCAUGAAUUCGAGUGGGCGCAAUCGGAUCGCAACCCGGUGGAUCUCUCCGAGGUGCUGAAGCUUUCAUGUGAAAUGGCAAACCCUCUUACCGUGCAACUGAAACCAAGGCGCAGAUAAAGAAAGCAAAACGCAAACGUUGGACAGAUCAAAGACACAACUUUAUAGUAUGCAUAGCAAAAUAAUAUAUAUAUUGGAGUUGGUCGUACUGUUAAAUAUCUUAAAAUCCUAAGCUGCAGCCUCGAUGUAUGGGUUAGUGAUCAGUCUUUUGGAUGUUGUUUAGUGUGGAUGUGUAAUCUAGUCUGUUUGCUUUCUAGCUAUCAACGUCAGUACUUCGUUUA